UCGAUCCCCUGAUCGACCUCCGCGGGCAGCUCUGCGCCCCGGAUCCGUUCUCGAUGGCCCCGGGGGCCCGACGGCUGGUCCCGCAGGGCGUCGUCGGACUGUCGGAGAAUGCGGGGCGCGCGUGGAGCUGGCGCCCUCCCGCGUCGCCGUGGUUGUGCGCCAGGGCGCCCUGGCAGCCGCAGCUCUGCCGCACCGCCCUCACCGCCCUGCACCCCAGGGCCCCCGGCGCGGCGCAGAGGGCCGCGCCCGGGCCCUCCGCGCGGCAGCCUCGCCCCGCCGCCGCCGCCCCGGCCCUCGCCGCCGCCGCCGCGCCCGCCGCGGUGCCCGCGUCGCAGGUGGCCGCCCUGGGAGGCGUCAGGACCCUGACCAACUGGCGGCUGCGGCCCUACGCUGCGGCAGGCACCGCCGCAGCGGUGCCGAUGUCCACUCUCAGCGCCGGCUUCUCGAAGGUGAGCCUCUCGCUGCUGGUGAUGCCGUGGAAGGCGCUGCCGAUGGCCCUCGUGCUAGCGCCGGUUGUGUGGCUGCUCCCGCUCAUGAACAAGAUGAUCUUCCAGAACUCCGCCCGGGCUGCGACCGCCUCGGUGUUCACGGUCAUCCUCUACCUCGUCCUGUCGUUCAUGCCCGUGCCCUGCUUCGAGAACCUGUUCUCCGAGCUGACGUUCUACGGCAUCGCGCUCGUGUCCACGUUCUUCAUGUACACGUUCUUCCCGGAGGUGUGGCUGCACGAUUUCAUGUUCAUGCACUACCUCGCCCUCUUCACCGUUCCGCUGAUUCCCCUGGCCUUCCGUGGUGGCGGACAUGCCGAUGUUCGCGUCCAGGGCGUACCUCUUCCUGUAAGGGCCGGCCUUGCAGCCCAGCGGACUCGGCAGUGGCGGCUCGGGCUGCUCCGCUACCCGAGAGCGGCCGAAGGAUGGCAGCGCGUGGCGGCGCCGCUGCAGCGUGCUUUGGCCCGCACGCGGGCAGUGAGGCGUAUCAGGCCGCAGGGCGGUUGGGCGGAGUAUGCGGCCAUCUGGACGCGUGAUGGCCGGGCGUGGCGAAGAGGACAAGCUCUUCCUACGCUGAAGUCGGGCGUGUCCCUGUGCAGGAGGAAUGUUCAGAAAUAG